AUGUCGAAAGUAGAGCAAUCUGUAAAAGAGAUAUUAAAUGCGCAAACUGAAAUAGAGCGUUCGAUGGAAGCAAUAGACAACACAAACAUACUUGUUGGAGAAGAAGUCGCCUAUUCAGAUCUAUCCACUGCAGAGACUACUAAUAUAGUUACAGAGAUCAUUCGUGCGUUUGCGGAAGACGUGAAUGCUGAUACGUUAAAGCAGAAUGCAAAGGGUAACAAUGCGGUGUGCAUAUCUAAAUUGGAGGCGCAAGUGCGGAAAAGAACAAUAAAGUGCGAUAGUUGCCGAAACAAGUUGAAAGACACGGAGACGAAGCUGGCCGCCUUGCAAACAUUUUACGACGUAAUUAUAAAUCACGGCGGCGACGACGAGGAUAUUUCUCUGCAACAAUCGGUGGAACAAUUACGCGAACAGCUGGUACAAACGGCAUUGAUGAUGUACGAGGAACGUAAUCGCGUGAUCGUGAAUCAGAAAAACCAGAUUAACGCCUUGAAUAAUCAGGUGACCUCGUUGAAGGAGGUGGUAUCGAUCACGCGGUAUCUGUUGCAGAUUUGUAACAUGGAAGCGAAGCAGCUGCAAGCUAAAGUUGAUAAUACGAAAAAGAAGAUUUCCGAGGAACGCGAUCGACAUAACACGAUGAUUAACAAGAUGAACGCGGCGAUGCGGCUCAACGCUAAUCUCAAGAAAGAAAAAUUUAGUUAUUUCUAUUUUAAAGUCUUU